CCGCCAGGUGGCGCGGUGGGUGGACCCCCGGGCCGUCUUGCGUCAGCUGUCUGUCCUGUGGAUCCACGUCAGGUGGCAGUCAGGGCAAAGAGGUGGCUGCUCGGUGAAGGGAGCUCCAGCCUGGAGGAUGGAGGAGUAUCAGGCCAGCGAGGAGGUUGCCUUCAAUGCAGAUGAAGCCAGUAAUAUUGUCAAAGAGUGCGUUGACAGUAUUAUCGGAGGGGUUGACUAUAAUCACAGCAAGAUCAAUCAGUGGACUGCUGCUGUAGUUGAACAAUCCCUGAUGCAUUUGGUUAAAAUGGGAAAACCAUUUAAAUACAUUGGUUUGACACUUGAUCUUUUAUCGGUGACCUGUGCAAUAAUGCAGAAAAGCGGAGCUGGUCUUCACACAGCGAGUUCAUGUUACUGGGACAGCAGCACCGAUGGAAGCUGUACCGUGAGAUGGGAAAACAGGACCAUGUAUUGCGUCAUCAGUGUGUUUGCUGUCAGCAUUAUGCUGUGAUGUACAGGAGCUCUAGUGUGCAUAGCCAUUCCGAAGCACCAACUCUUAAAUGUGUAUAUAAGAGAGAUUUUAGGAAUAGCAUGCAUUGUUUGUGGAUAAGGAAUAAUAGAGUACAUUUGAGCAAGAGUUACAAAGCUGUAAUCCAUCCUUAAAAGGCAAUAUCUUGCUUACUUCAUGCUGUUGUUAAUGGACUCCUGCUUUACUUUUAAACACCUGAUUGAGUAUCACCAGAACUGACAAUUGUUUCCUCUUUCACUGCACUGUAACUAAGCUGUGGAUUUCAGUAUCCAUGGUAGAGAUUUUAUCAACAGAAAUAUCACUAAUUUUUAAAAAUUCUUUGCUACUUUGAAAAUUGGAUCGCAUUGUUGGGUUGUAUUCAUGUAUUCCAAUAGAGAACUGACAAGGUCAGUUCAAAUAGCUCAUUGUAUUGCUUUGCUGUUUAGUCAGCUGAGUGUCAACUCUUCGCUGCAGUACAUGUUUGACUGAAUCAGACAAUCUGUUUCCUAGAUUAUUGUAAAACUACAGUAAAAUGAGAAAGUAAUGCAGAAUUCACAUUUCUUUAUUUUAUCUGGGACUUAAGCUUAUUUUCCAAAUCAUGUAUUUCUGAUUUGAAAGAGAGUUUUCAGAAGAAAAACCUAUUGGAUAAAAUGAUCCAUUUCUCUUUUGAAAUUGGAGAGAUUAUUGCAUUAAAUCUAUAAAUUGCUGACAUUGUUUAGUUUAUGGUGCUUGACAAAAUACAAUAUUUGCAGUGUAGUAGAUUCAAAGUUCUGAAUGUUUUGAGUAUGUUGACAAUUUGAAACUUGUAGCUGGAAUUGAUUAGGUAUCUAAAAAUAUGCUGUUAAGGUAAAACACACUGUCUGAAUCACUGAAUUGCACCAGUACAUGAAUUGGGCUAUUAUAACUGCUGCUUGGUGUGAAAAUUGCACCUAUGAUGCUUUAACCUCUUAAUAUACUGAUUGACUCACUUGGAUGUUGAGAGCACUACAUUGAAGUGUUGGCUUGAAAGCAGGAUAUUGCCUUUUGACAUUACUGUAAUGAGUUGAAAAUGCUUCCCACUAUCCAGUACAUUUGUAUAUAAAAUACUUUCUUGAAGCUAUUAGAAGAUGAGCUGUUUUAUGUAAUCCAUGAUGAUGUAACUUCAAGCAAGUUUUAGGACUUGUAUGCUAUGAAGUAGUGUCAGAGUUUUCACUUAAGAUGAAAGAUAAAAGCCACAUUUUGAUCACUAUAUGUUAAGUUCAGUAACUUCUUGCACUAAAUAGUAAAAUAAAUUAUUCUUUGAUACAGAGAGAGAUGAAGCUUUUCUAAUUUCAUUUAAAUGCAUUCAAACUAUAAUUCUGUUUUAAAUCUGGGUGUUGAAAUUCUUUUGAUGUUUUAAAAAAACUGAAAGGGCUUGUCUUUACCCAGUACCUGCAAGAACGGAAUUCAGUAACAUUAUAUUAAAUAGAUUAAGGAACAUAACCAUAAGAAGUCCAUUUGGGUGAGGGAAGAAGCAAAGCUUUAUAUUCAAAAUUGGACCAUUUUUUGCAACUAAUUUUGUUAACGUAUGAAUUAUUUGAAAGGAGAUGUGUAUAUGUGAGAAGUUAUUUUGAGGCUAAAAAGAUUAAAUCAAAAAUUAUUAUUUUGAUUCUGUUUUCACUUUAAUGGUUGAUGCUUGUAGACAGAAUUUUAGUGAGGAAUUAUGUCAGGGAAAACUGGCUAAACAUGAGGCUGAUGAUCAGUUCUUGUACUUAUGUUUAUUUAGAUUUGCUAUAACUGAUCUAAAGUUGAUAGCUAUGAGCAGUCACAUACAAAUACAUAAAAGGUAGUUUCCAUACUGGCCUGAUAGGAAGGAAAGACUAGCAUUUAUAAAGCACAUUUCAUGGCUUCAGGCUAUCCCAAAGCCCUUGACAGUCAACAAAGUACUUUUUGAAGUGUCAUCACAGUUGAAAUGUAGGAAACUGAGCAGCCAACUUGUUCACAUCAAGAUCCCACAUACAGAAGUUUAAUAAUAAUCAACUAAUCUCUUUUUAGAAAUGUUGAUUGAAAAUAAAUAUUAGACAGAACUCUGGGGAUAACUGUUUUGCUCUUCAAAAUAGUCCCAUGGGAUCACCACUUAUGAGGGAAGAUGAGACCUCACUUUAACGUCGCAUCCAAAAGACAGCAUCUCAGGCAGUGCAGCACUCCCUCAGUACUGAAAUGUCAGCUUAGAUUUUUGUGUUUAAGUCUCUGGAGCAGGCCUUGAAACCACAAUUAAGACUGCUACCAACUGUGAGCUAUGGCUGACUGGGAUUUAUACGAUGUGGUUGUUUUUGUUUGGAGCUCAACCACUGUUGUAAGCUAAAGGUUAGAAAUUACUUUAAACCAGUUACUUCUGCCAUUAAAAUAACAGAAAUAGGAAUUGUGAAAGAACAGCAAUUUUGGUUCUUAAGUCCAGAUAAGUGAUAUGAUUUAUUAUAGAAUUAAUAAAACUGCACAUAUUUACUUCAACUUGAAUCCAUAAAUUCUUCUCAGCUAUGCAAUGCUUUUAUUUGGGUAUUCUUUUAACCCACCAGAAGCCUUUACAACCUCUUGGUCUCAAUUACUGGCAGAAACAUGUGGCUAGUAGCACAGCCUGGCACUCUGAAGCAGUUACAACAUAAAUGUAAAGGCCUUAAGUAAUACGUUGGUGAAAACUUCUGGGACUAAAAUAAAAUGUAAAGUAAAUUUCAUGUAUAUUAGAUUGUAAUUAAGUAUCGACUUUUACGCAGAAUAGCAAGAUCUAGAAAAUUACUUCUCAAUGCGAUUCAGUAAAGCCACAUUGACAUCAGUUGAUUAUUUUCCUUUUCUGCACUUGUUUAUUUAUUGAACCAUACGGUAUAAAUUUAAUACUUGUAUCCAUGUAUUCUCAUUUAUUUCGUUUUGUGUAGAUAUGAUAAUUGAACAUGUAUUCCUCUUCCAGACACAUGAAUUAGCACAGACUUCAACAGCUUGUUGAUAGCUGCUCUUCGGCAUGGUGUGUGCUUUAAAUGCACUCAGAUAUUUACUAUUUGGGAAUUCCUAUACCCUAUUUCAAAAAUGUUUACAAAAUCUCUAGCUAUGUUGUAUGGCCAGAUUGAAAUAUUCCUGAGAACAUUAAAAACCUUGAUAUUUCAUGAAAAAA